AUGCCGACAAAAACAAGAAGAAGUCGAAGUCCAGUUCGAACUUAUUUACCCUAUAAUCACCGUCAGAAGAGGGCAAGAAUGGAAGAAAUUCGAGAAGGGAACUCUUCAACAUGGAUGGAGGGCACGUUUACACGGGAAGACUUGGAGCGAACGUUUGGCCGAGUUUCGGAAGAGACGAGACCGCAGACAGUCGAGAAGCCGCCACCUAGUUGGGCUCCAGCAAUAAAAGACUUGUGGGCCUCCUCUGUCAAUAGGAUGCUGAAGCAUACAAAUGAAUUUGCUAUGAAAAUAAUAGCGACGCGAGACUAUUUGCAGCGAAUGUUAGAGGGAGGGGAUGUUCGCCAAGAUGAGAUCGACUACUUGAUGCAAUUUCCUCAAAAUAUACAGAACUCCUUUGCACGAUUUCGAAAGCUCACGGACGAGGAAACACGGAGGUUUCCUGUGGAUUCGCUAAAUGGCCUUCAGAAACCGCCUGUCGCGACUACCUUACAAAGAGCAGCGGCCAGGCAGCCGACUAGCAUUUCCCGCCCUGAGAUACGGAAAGGGGUUGUGAGAAAAGCACAAACUAAACUAACGACCAAUCCUCUUACGGAGAACACUUCAAUGAAUUCGACACAUAAUCUGUCACUUAACGCUGCAAAAUUAAACAAAUUUGGAGAGAAACUGACAGCAAAAUAUGAAAAUUAUCGGCGGGCAAAAGAACUCGAAAAAAAGAAAGAAAAGGAAGAUGCUGAGAAGUUUAGAAUAGAACUGGAGAAAGCAAGAAAGCCUCGCCCGUUGCGAAUAAUGACGAAAGAACAAUUGGAGGAGGCAAGCAAUUUAUACGACUUUAUAAUUAUUGUUGUUGCCCGAUCGUCUGCAGAAAUGAAAGGCAGCAUUAUUGCGCGAAUUGACAAACUCGAAAUUACGCUGCAUGAUUUUGAUACGUUAAAACCUGGUCAGUGGUUAAAUGACGAAGUCAUAAAUGCUUAUCUCCAAAUGAUCCUUGGUCGUGCAAAGAGCACCCGCCGAAAAGUACACAUAUUUAACACGUUUUUCUACACCACUUUGGUCACGAAAGGUUACGAUGGAGUAAAACGAUGGGCAAGGAGAGCCAAAAUCGAUGUCUUUGAGCAGGAUCUCAUUAUGAUACCGAUAAAUCAAGCUUCUCACUGGUUUUUGGCUGCCAUCCGAUUACAUGACAGGCUUAUAGAGAUUUAUGACAGCAUGCCAAGGACAGACGCAACCCCAAUAUUCGAGGCAAUAAUGUGCUAUCUGGCGCUGACAUACAAAGACAAAACUGGUGCACUGUUAGACACAUCGCAAUGGUCGUGGGUUGUAGAGACAGCGCCAAAACAGGAGAACGGAUAUGAUUGCGGUGUUUUUACUUGUCAGUUCGUGGAGUGUCUCGCACGCGGAGGAGAUCUCGAUUUCGAACAGUCAGACAUGCAGUAUUAUCGACAGCGAAUACGAUAUGAACUGAUCAAGGGAAGAUUAAUGCGAUAA